AUGAACAGCGAUUGGACCAUUUCUGACCCCAAAUUUAGUCGGCAUCGGCUGAUUGGCUACGGCUUGUCUUCACAACAGAUGAAAGGUAUAAAAGCCGAGUGCAGAGCCAAUCAAGACUUGCCUCGUUGCAAAAAGUGGGACAUCUUUCCUCUGUGCAAUAAGAAGAUGCUGCUCACAGUCUUGUUGCUAGUUUCAUCUUUGACGUUCCUGAUUGCUGCUGCGUUUUCCAACGAUUUACCACCUUUUCUCCAGUUCACCGUCGAAAUGGACCUGUCGUCAAUUUCUUUCGAUUCUCACUGCCCGAAACAAAUGUACCUUGCGUAUCUCUUCCUUAUCGCCCUGAAAAACGAAAGAAAUAUGACCGUGGUCGGCUACGAAAAUUACAAGAUUAAGUUCAUCGGUUUUCAGCAUAUGUAA